AUGGCGCCCGGCAUUCUCGUCGAAUCCCACACAGAGAAUGGGCCAACAGGUUUCGCGAAGCUCAAUCAGGCGAGCUCACAAGCAGCGACCUUCGACCCAGUAAGGCAUCUGGCCUACGUGCCGCCCAGGAGGAUCCAUACCUUCGAUGACCUUUGCUUGCCGGCUUCGCCUUUGUCCAAUGUCGCUUCCACGGAUCCAUUCCCUCUCUUGUCCGAGGAGGCAUUGCUGGAGCACCGCCGAGAACUGCUUUCCGACCGAGUCCUCGAGAAUUGUAUGUACAAAACAAGGCCAGGCUCGGUCCAGCUCCGUGGCAUGGCGCCGUAUUAUGCGCCAUUCAUUCACCGGUUCUGGACGUCCCCGGAAGUUCUCAAGAUCAUCUCCGGCCUAGCUGGUGUUGACUUGGUCCCUGUGUUCGACUAUGACGUUUGUCAUACCAACAUCCAGCUGGACUCUGACGAUGCAGAAGCGGUGAGGCAGAUUCCAGUUAUACCUCCAAGUGCUCCUGUGCCUGAGGGAACCGAUGAGAGCGGCACAAGCGUCGGGUCUCAACCCAAUGCCACAAAACAUGCGGUCGUGCCCUGGCAUAGGGAUUCAUACCCGUUCGUCUGCGUUGUCAUGUUGUCGGAUGCCAGGUAUAUGACCGGCGGUGAAACCGAGAUCCAAAGAGGUGACGGUACAACCACCAAGGUCCGCUCCCCACAAAUGGGCGGUGCGGUCGUUCUUCAGGGCAGGCAUGUGUCUCAUAUUGCCAUCCCUACGGGUAACAUGCCCGAAAGGAUCACCAUUGUGACUUCACUGCGCCCGCGCGACCCUCUGCUUCUGGAAAGCUCCUCCCUCAUGAAUGUUCGGAACAAGUCUCAACUGCCUGAACUAUACUAUCAGUGGUCCAGCUACCGCCUUCACCUUCUGAGCGAGAGAUUUCGGCUUGAGGCAGAAAGGCUCGACGUUGCGCACCGCACAGAAAUCCAAGCGACUGAAGGAGGGAAGGGUAAUUGCAGAACGGACAUCGUGGAUCUGGCAAGCUUGCAGAAGUGGAUGGACGAGCAGAUGAUGUACAUGAAACGGACCUUGUUUGAGAUGAGGCCAGUGACUGCCGAAGACAGUUUGCACAAGAAUGAGAUCCAAGAGAUGACUAUGUAG